ACAAAUAAAUAGGGAGCGGAAACAUCGCGUUGUCGGAGGAGAAGAAAUCCACGACAAGAGGGCUCGCCGAAGCAGAAGAACGGAAGCGAAAGAGGAGAGAAGAGGUCGGAAGAUAAUUCGAAUGGCAGAGGUGAAGUCCGCCGAUUCCACCACCACUCUCAACGCUUCUCCUAACUAUUCCAAUCCUGAUUACCCGACGGACCGCCCAGUUCGAGUUUACGCCGAUGGGAUCUACGAUCUCUUCCAUUUCGGUCACGCUCGCUCUCUUGAGCAAGCCAAGAAAUCAUUCCCGAAUACUUAUUUGUUAGUUGGAUGUUGCAAUGAUGAGACUACCCACAGUCUUAAAGGGAAAACUGUUAUGAAUGAAGCUGAACGAUAUGAAUCUCUUCGCCAUUGCAAGUGGGUGGAUGAAGUGAUUCCUGAUGCACCCUGGGUGAUCUCUCAAGAAUUUAUUGACAAGCACAAGAUUGACUUUGUGGCCCACGAUUCUCUUCCUUAUGCUGAUGCUACCGGAGCUGGGAAGGAUGUUUAUGAAUUUGUUAAAAAAAUUGGAAAGUUCAAGGAAACAAAAAGGACAGAAGGAAUAUCAACUUCAGACAUUAUCAUGAGGAUUGUCAAAGAUUAUAAUCAAUAUGUUCUGCGUAAUUUGGACCGUGGUUAUUCGAGGAAAGAGCUUGGAGUCAGCUUUGUGAAGGAAAAGCGGUUAAGAGUGAACAUGAGAUUGAAGAAAUUACAGGAGAAAGUGAAGGAACACCAAGAAAAAGUGGGAGAAAAGAUUCAAACAGUGGCAAAAACUGCCGGCAUGCACAGGAAUGAGUGGGUGGAAAAUGCUGAUCGCUGGGUGGCUGGAUUUCUAGAGAUGUUUGAAGAAGGUUGUCAUAAGAUGGGCACAGCCAUCAGAGACCGAAUUCAAGAACGUUUGAUGGGGGCACAGCAGCAAAAAUAUCUAGAAAAUGGCAAGGACAGUGACUCAGACCUCGAAGAAGAAUAUUAUUACGACGACGACGACGACGAAGAAUAUUAUGAAGACGACUUCUACGAAGAAUUCGAGAAAGACGAGAAGAAAAGGUAGACACGUAUUUACAUCAAGUUUGAAUACAUGUCACAUGCAUAAUUUGAUGCUUGUUCAUGGAUUCUACAGUAGUAGUAUGUUUCUGCUAUAUGUUUAGGCGCAGACAGUAAAACGUAAACCAUAACCUGCUAAUUGCCAAAGCAAAAAAGGAAAACAAAAGAGGCACUUGGCGGUGAGUUCAGGCACCAAUGUGGCUUUUGUGACCCUUUUUAAGAUAUGUGUUUGUGCAUAUAGGUUGAAAUUUUUUCCCUUGAAGCUUGUAAAACAGGUCGUUUUUUUUUCGGGUUUUGUUUGUGAAUCAUUGUAAUCGAAGAGUUUUGAAGCUUUGGUUUUCGGGUUUGUAUGUAAUGUAAGAGUGAUAAAUAUGGUUUGAUAUUAUUAUAUGUAUCUUUCUCU